UACGGUUAUAAUUGUUUCAACGUCUUUGUCAAACUGAGUAUACGCUAUUUUAACUGUAGGUCCACAGCUUUUGGUUGAGCGAAAAAAAUGGAGCUCGUUGUCCUGGCUCUAACUGCUUGGGCCUUUGCCAUUGGCUUAGCUGCUAAAACUUGUGAAGAGCAGAAAACACAGUGUGACAAUCUAGGCAAAGAUGAAGACGCAUAUCAUCAGCACCUGCUGCCACAGAAGAUGAGCAUUCCCCUUUGGCCGGUUUCCGAAGCGGAUGUGCAGCAAUACCGAAGUGCUGCUGACCUAUACUGCCGGUGGAGCACCGACUUAGGUAACUGUAGGAAAUCCCUGUAUAAGAGUUGCCCUGCUUUGCACAAGAACGAUAAACCUUCUACGGGUGGAUGGUACAGUGCUGGGUACGCUGUUGCCAUGGGUGGACUGUGCAAUACAACGGUGGGCCCGGUAAAAUUCUUCCGUGCUCUCAAUCACUGUGCCGGAAAAGAUAGAAGCAAUUUCUACGCCUGCUGCAAUCUGGAUUCCUUUGCCGAUGAAGGGAAGAACGAAAUUGGAUCCGUUGCGCAUCAGAAUUUCUGCGACAAAUUAAAGGCGACUGUGAACCGCUUUGACAAUCACGCAGCCCGGGUUGUAGCUGGAAGAUGCGGACAAGACCCUAUAAAUACGCUCAAGGACGGAUAUAGGCAGCUGGACACCAAAUACUGCAAGAAAUGUUCCUGACAUCGGCUUCACCAAUAAUACUCGAUUUGUUUUAAUUUUAUUUCGUGAUUAGCUUAGUAUUCUCGAAAGAAAUCUGGUGCUGAAUUCCGAUGAACUCCAAGUGAUGUGAAAAAUAACUAUAAAAUCUAGCAAAUUUUUCUCAUGAUGACAACAAGCCGGUUUUACUGGCGUUUUGAACUGUUUUGCUGAGCGAAUAUCUGUAUGUCGAGGUAAAAAACCUACGGUAUUUUAUUAGCGAACGAAGCGAGCUCAA